AUAAGCACCUUGCCUCUAAUUUUCGUUGUGACUUGUAAUUAAGGUGUGAUGGGUACUACGUUUACAUUUGUAAACAGAUGCCACUACACAGUGUGGCCAGCUAUUCUUGCAAAUGCCGGUAGCCCAAAGCUCGAAACCACAGGCUUCGAACUCCCCAAGGACUCUUCCACCUCUUUCCCAGCUCCCUCCGGCUGGUCCGGUCGUUUCUGGGCACGAACCGGUUGCAAUUUCGACGGAUCCGGUUCCGGGACUUGCCUCACCGGCGACUGUGGCUCCGGCCACCUCCAAUGCGAUGGUGCGGGUGCAGCCCCGCCGGUGACGCUCGCCGAGUUCACGCUCGGCACUGUUGGCCAAGACUUUUACGACGUGAGUCUUGUUGACGGGUACAAUCUUCCGAUGAUCGUGGAAGGGAGUGGCGCGUCGGGUAUGUGUGCUUCGACGGGAUGCACGUCGGAUCUCAGCCUGCAAUGCCCGACGGAGUUGAAAGGCGGGGACGGCAGCGCGUGCAUGAGCGCAUGUGAGGCCUUUGGUAGCCCUGAGUACUGCUGUAGCGGCGAGUAUAGCUCGCCGGCGACAUGUAGGCCCUCUGUGUACUCGGAAAUGUUCAAGGCUGCAUGCCCAUCUUCCUAUAGUUACGCUUAUGACGAUGCUUCCAGUACUUUUACUUGUGCUGCUUCCGAUUACACGCUCACCUUCUGUCCGUCCUCUCCCAGUCAGAAAUCUUCACGAGAGACAAGUCCCAUGACCACAACAACUUCACAACAAGGGGGAUCGACGGUUUCGGAGCAGGGUGUUGGGUAUUCGAUUGAUGGUUAUGAUUCAGGGUCUGGAGAGGACGUGCUAGCAGAUGGGUCAUAUUUGGCUGGUUUGGCUAUGGGAGACUCUCAUAGGACGUUUCCUUUCUCUGUGUUAGUCUACUACAUUGUUAGCCUUUUGCUUUUUCUCUUCAUGAUCUAG